UCUCUGCUGCCAAAUAUGUGACUCAACCUGACAUUCGGCUAUGGAGAGAUUCUCACUGUUGAGUAACAUAGGUGGUCCGCUGUCAGCAGACACUACAGAGCAGAAAGAAGAACUCAGUCUGGUGUCAGCGUCAUCAGCUCUGCUGUCAUGGUCACUUUAACAUGGCCGCCAUUUGUGGCUUUGUUCGCAUGUUCAUGGAUCGUUGUUCUGUGUCAAGAGACACAGGAGGUGAAGGCUGGAGAGGACGCCACUCUUCAGUGUCAGGGUCACAGAGAGGCUGCAAUCACACUGAUAAAGUGGAGUAAACCUGACCUGAAGUCAGAUGAUGGUUAUGUCUUCUUCUUCAGCCUUGAUGAAAAAAAUGAAAACAUCCAGCAUCCAUCUUAUCGUGGUCGAGUGGAGCUGAGAGAUCCAGAGAUGAAGGAUGGAGACACUUCUGUGAUUCUGAAGAACGUCAAAACCAAUGACACUGGAACAUAUGAGUGUCGGGUUAGAGAGAAAGACAGUUCAGGCAAAGUUGAAGUCGUCAGCUCCAUCGGUCUGACAGUGACAGAACCAGGUCACACAGCUGGACACAAGGAGGGAGGAGACAAGGAGGGAAAUGUUGGACUGAAAGUUGGUCUGUUAGUUGGUGUGAUUCUUCUUGUUGGUGUUAGUGUUGUUGUUUUUAGAAAGAAGAUCUUUGGAAUAUGUAGAGUAUGCAAAGACAACAAUUCAGACAAACAUAUUGCUCAUAGAAAUGUACCAAUGCGAACGUUUUUCUCUGGCUGCUGAUUGGUGGACUGAAUGUGCUGCGGGACAGAAGAAACACAUUCCUACUGUAAAAUAAACCUGAGCUGUUGACACACGUCUGAAUUCACCUGGAGGCAGGUUAAUGCCAGAUGGGCUGACUGACCAGCAGCUCUGUGGGACAAACAAUAUGACCUGAUGCUGGAACAACCAGCUGAUUGUCAAUUUCGUGAAGUGGUACAGACCAUCAGCACCUCCCCUCACCCUUAAAAGUGGAUCCAUCCAUCCAUGUAGAGUCAGCGUUUAGAGAACGAGCAGAGUUCAAAUCAAAUAAACUGGUUAAAUGACAAAAAGUGAAAAGGUCAGAAAGAAAAAGAAGCAUAAUCUCUGGUCUGAUGCUGUAAAAUCUUCUAAAUGAACAGUGACCGAUCCAGUGUCAAUCUAAACUCUGCUAGCUGCAGUUAUAACAUUAACAGUAACUCUUGGAUGGUUGGAGCUGGAUUGUGUUCCCAGUCCAACCCUGAAGAGCUAUGUCCCUGUUGUUCACUCACCGACCUGCAUCAGAGCUAUCCCCUGUCACUACUGGUGUUCCCCAGGGCUCUGUCCUGGGGCCCCUUCUGCUCAUCAUCUAUCUGCUUCCUCUUGGUCAUAUCUUCCGUAAAUUUUUUGCGGAUGACACACAGCUCUACCUGUCCACCAAACCUAACACAUCUCUCCCACCCACCUCCCUCUUGCCUAAAUCCCACCUGAAAACACAUAUUUUUAAACUGGCAUAUCCCACAUGAUCACUAUUUAUCAGGUCACAGCAAUCUUUGUUUCCAGUUGUACCCUGAUUUUAUGCACUGUAACUAUAGUUGUUAAUUUUAUUGAGUUAUUGCUGUACAGUUUUAUUAUGUUUUGUGAGGCGCCUAUAAAUAAAAUGUAUUAUUAGAGCCCGACCACGAACCGUGUGAACUCACCAAACUUUGCACAUAAUUCGGAUGCGGCAAACAAUUCCGUAUAUUAUGGGUUUCACGCAUGGGCAUGGCCAGAGCCAGAUUAAGAAGUCUGAGGCCCCUGGGCACAAAGUUUUGUAGGGCCCUCAUCCGCCCACACGUAUGCACGCAAUCGAAGUUUUGAAUUAUAGGGUGUUAUUUGUUGGAAACACAUCUAGUUUAUAAAGGACUGAUAUUAUCGGCUGUCAUGAUCUUAUUGCAUUUAAAUUAGUAUCUGCGUUUAUAACAGCCAUUUAAUGACUAUUAAAAGAAACGGAGAGACAGAUUUGUCAGUCAAGUCAGGAGUGUUACAUAGUUUAACUAGAAAGCGCUGUGCAACUCCCCUGUUGAUAAUAGCGCCACCGAUCCACCACAAAAAGGAAUCAGCUGACCAGAGUGGAGCAGAGCAUUCAGAACCAACGACGGGAGUUCACGAUGAGUUGGUCAUUUGUCACAUGCAAAACAUGACUUAAAUAAUAAAAAAUGACCCUCAUCACUUCUCCUCUUGUCACAAAUAAGCCUGACAACAUUCACGACCAUACCAACCCACCUGAUUUUCUUGAGAGACCCCUGUUGAAUAAUUUCCCCUCGGGGAUCAAUAAAGUAUUUCUGAUUCUGAUUUCUGAUUCUGAUUUCUCAUUGCCCUCUCUAGGGUUUCUCCUGGGUCAUGGCUAAUGUUACAGUCAAGCGGGAAGUUUCCAGUCAGUGAUCUGAUACGAACGCAGGACCCCCUAAAACCUGCAUUCUAUUGAACAGCCAGCAGGGGGCGACUCUUCUGGUUGCAAAAAGAAGUCCGUUUAGUUAGUUUUAAGACUGUUUUAAAUACACAUGCUUAUUCUCUCGCUGCACUUUCUAGCAGAAAAUAUUUAUUGAUGUGCAGUUGUUUGCAUGAUUUAACCACAUGACUGCAACAAUGCUUUCCUGGACCACAAUAUCAAUACAUUCCCCACCUCAAGCCUCACCUCUAAUCCAGUUCUAUGAAUCAGAUUCUUCAAUUAUUCACACACAAAAACACAUCCAGUAAAUAUGCUACUUCACCGUCACCAUGUAAAGGCAGCCCUCUUUCACUUAAAACAUACAGCCACAACCCGCUUCAUCUCCUCCUGUUUCUCUCCCUCCAGCUGUUGCACUAGUUUAGUUUCAGUCCCACUCCCAGUGAAAAAUGAGCUAUGCAGAAGCUAUGCAAAUAUGUAAUAACAGUGCUCUGUGCAUUCCUCACGCACCUGGUCGCCGUGGUUCCAGUCAGAAAAAAACACCAACAAAUAUAUUUACUUAGUUGAAUAAAGCGUAGGCCUACAGGUAAUGCAAAACAUAUUACCUGUGGAUGGUGAAUGGGUGAUCCACAUUGUGAACUUUUCCCCAUUUUGGACGUAACAACACAGCAGAUCAUUAGUGAGAGAGCCGUGCACUGCUGCUGCUACAGCUAGCCUCAGGUUAGCUGUGCUCACAGACCGUAUGGCUGCACUGCUAGCUUGGGCUUGAUGUUACGGUGCGCUGCCUCCUCCGGUCCCUGGUUAGCUUGCUCAUCAUCUUCGAUCUUCUACAACUUCUUCACCCUGAUUAUCAACCUGGCUACUUUUGAAUAUAUUGUACGUCUCAGUGAAGAUGCCUCCCUCUCCUAUUCUUCUCUGUUUCAUCUGUGUUUACUACAAUCUUCUCUCACUCAUUUCAACUUUUCCCACAGUCCACUCAAUUCAGUGCUGGGUUAUUUGAUGACAAUUUGAUGUUACGUUUAGAUAAUAAAAAAUAUCAAAGUGCUUGUAACUGUCUCAAAGACAUGUUUAAUUGAAAUGUCUAUUUUGUAUAUUUGUAUGUGUAAGUUCAUGAAUAUUUGAGUUCAUACAGCCGUUUAAAAAUAGGAAAAACAUGUGAAGAUGUUAAAAGGGGUAACAUUCACAAAAAUGUCUUUAAUUUAAAUACUGUUAAAAAUGUUGUGCUUUUAUGUAAGGUUUAUUUAAACGAACAACAGAGAGUAAUGGGAAAUGGGUCACAUAGACAGAGUUAAGAUAAGGGCAUAACCAUGGCAUUAUGGGUAAGAGACAAUGUGGAGGCAGAGCAUGCAGAGGAACGAAAUAAAGCCCCAAAAUAACCAUAUUCUGUACUUGGUUCUAGAGGCGCACACAGUAAUUGCCUUUCAUUUGUUUACCUUGGUGUAUGGUACUUGUUGGUGUGCUUUACGUGGACAAUAUUUUUGUUUGGUUAUAUUGUAUGAUUUCAUUGUAUUUCGCUUGUGUUAAUGUGUUUGGGCCUGUUUAUCAAUGGACACUAGCUUGAAAGGCCUUAAAGUGAAUGUGAGAUGAAUGUUUUAAGCUGUCUUUUAUUUUCUUGUAGUUUUCACGGUGUCUGCUGACG